CCUGAGGUCACAAUCCCAUGCCUUGGUCCAUCUGUCCUCCACCAUUGUCCUGAGAGGAGGACUUCUGGGAAUUUGAUGGAGGACACGUCAGCUUGAGGGACUCACUCCUGGUACCACUGAAUCACAACUGCUUUUCACCCUGCUACUUCACAUGGCGAACCAGUUCCACUCAUUCUUUGAGACGAGCACAAUGGCACUGUGUAAAGAAGAGACUAUUCCGAUGACCCUGGACAUGCUGACGAGUAAAAAAAUGGAGACAAAUAAUCCUCAAGCCAGAUGCCUCCUCUCGACGCUGGCAUCGGCCAUGUGCAGCCAACAUGCAUCAGACAUGGAAAAACUGCGGCAAGAACUGAAAAACGUGCAGAGGGACAUGAAGGAUUUCAAGCAAGAGGUCACAAGGGUGAUCUGUAAAAUAGACGGCACCCUCAGCUACAUGAUGGAGGUGGUAACAAGACUUGAAACCAGAAGCAACCACAUGGAGCAGCGGCUGAGGGAAGAAGAAGACAGAGGCAUAGUACGGAACAAAGUACUCACAUUCUUGCUGCCGAGGGAGAAAGAACUGCGGGAGAAAUGUGCUGAUCUAGAGAGGAGGCUUUGGAGGAAAAAUGUCUAGGUAUAUAAAUCCUCAACGACAAAGGGGAAAAAUAAUUGUGUUGUACCUGAGAACUGCUCUGGACUCACAAGCAAGACUAAUCUUUUGAAUACUAAGUGUAAGAGCUGAGCACUUAUGCCAAAACCCUCACUAUUUGGAAACCAAGCUAUAAAAAGAGGGACUUUAUACCAUUCAUGAUUUUAUAUACCACUUCUUCGUUUGCUGUCUAAACUAAAUUGCCCUGAUCUUUUAACUCUCUCCUCAGACAGAAGACUGUCCAUUACUUUAUUUUGUUGCCCUUCUCUGCACCCUUUCCCAUUUCUGCCACUGCUGCUAGUGAGAGUGCGGGGGCAUUUGGAACCUGAAAGGAUCAGGCCUUAUACAUUUAGUGUUCUGCUGACAUCACAAAA